AUGAAGAAGAAGGUGCAGCAAUACAAGACCUUCGAGGAGUAUCUUAUGCAAGUGAUUGACAUGCUUCCACCAGGUUGGUGAUUCAUUUGAAUUAAUUUGUAAUUGAGUUAAUUAGCCUCAGCAUAGCUAACCUCACUCGGCGCAAUAGCACUACAUUAUAUUAAGUACAUCCGAUGGAUAUGUCGACAGCUUCACCGUGACAAGCGAUGGCGUCAACCGUAGCCUCGCAGGUUGAGUGCAGCACCGGUUAAUUGCAUGUGAAUUUAUUUAUGCCGUCGCAUCUAGUCCGUUCUCUGCUCUCUCAUCCGCCUUAUUCCACAAAUAAGACAAAGUCAAGAUGACCGAAGAUGGGCGUAGGGACAAUGGCCGACAAGGCUGAAAAGUCCGUCUACGCGUUCCUCACACGACCCGGCCUCUGCUGCGUGUACCGGAUUCCUACGACUUUGGUUCGGAUCUCACGUAUGUGAGAUUGCUAUAAAGGCCAACGAACGAAAAGGUCUUUCGGCUGGACUCCAGUCACUCCAAUGAACUCAUCAUGUGAACCGGGUUAUCCCAUCAGUUGACAACCAUCCGAGCCACGACCCUACCGGGCGUCAGAUUCAUUAUUAUGGAGGAAUUCACCAAUAUGCUGCGAGGAUGGAUCCCCUGGUGUUGUCCCCAUCCUCUCCUUCCCCUACCGUGAUUAUUUGCGCCUGCCAACCAAUGGGUAUUAGGAUUGGGUUAUGUGCAGACCUGCCUUUUAGUAUUACCACAAACGCAUUUACGGCGGUGGUGGAGACCUAACAUGGACACGGCCAGAUAAACGCGUCCUGCGAGCUGAUAUGACCUCCGAUUUGGUCUAGCACGUCCAUAGCUCAGUCUGUUUUGAACCAAGAUGGUUAAGCAACAAGUUUGAGUAUAAUCGCUUGAAACAGUGUGCGAGGACCCACGCCUUGAUGCAGCACUGAGUUUCAUGUCAGAUUUCUAUUAAGGAAUAACCUAGCUACAUGGGAACAUUUUAUUGCUGGCGAUGUUGGAAUAGAUGAGACAAGGGACACUAGCUACUGGUCACUUACUAAUUACAUCAUUUGUAAUCACUUUUGAUCGUAAGAGACGGGUGUGGGUACCCCAAAGUCUGGCUCUGUACUGUGAAUAUCUGAUUUUGGUUUGGCAUAGCCACCUACUUUUCUUCACGUCUGAAACUUUAAACUAACUUAUCGACUCUGACGGUGCGUUGAUCAUAACAGGUUAGAAGGUUAUCACGCUUAUUACGAAUGCGCAGGAGAAGUAAAGUUUUUUGGAUCCAAAAAAACUUCCAAUCCCCAGGGGACUCUCUCGGUUCCGUUUAAAGACAGCGAUAAUCAACGAAUACCCCGCAGAUUUCGGGUUUUCGUCAAAUGUCGAAAUCCUGGGUGCUCAUUGGCCGCCGUUUCAAUUUUCAAUCAAAGUUAUCUGACCUCGUGCACCAAACAUGCAUGUAACGUGUUAACUUAUAAGGCAGUUACGAUCUCAAUAAACAAAUGCUUGAGGAAGAAUGACGUUAGAGACGAUGAAGCCCAUGAGGGACGAACAAGGGUCACUGCAGCAAGAUUCGAUCACUGAAAACAUACUCUCAUAUCAACUGUCCAUUUAUCUGCCGUUAGACUUCCUCCAAUCAGUGAAAAUGCUGCCGUAAACGGUAUCUCAGUCGAAAUUCGCACAGGCAGCCCAUCAGUAGUUGCUCGAAGGUGGCAUGAAUGAAGUAAAGAACGGACUAUGUCACAUUUCAUGCGAAUAGAGUGCAGAGGUUCAUCUGCCUUCUUCCGAAAAUGCAAAUGAAUUUGCAUUGACACCGCUAGAUAAUCGGUCACGGCCACCACGCUAAAGUUCCAGAUCGCUUUAGUUGUUCUAAAUCACUCAAACGAAUACGGUUUUCGGUGGUUGAGGCUGGAAAGUAUACCAACUUGUGUUAUAGUCUCAAUGGAUCUACUAUCGAAAUUUAUUAAUUACCUCGGCACGUACUGCGAAACGUCAACAGAUUGCUUCAGUGAUCCUUCACCAUUAGCCUCCCCCUGAUGGAUUCGAUUUUAGGUAUACCUCUGCCAAAAUCAUGACAUCUGACUUCCUUUUCCACAUAAGUAGUUCGGUUUCAUCUAAUUUAUCUCCGCAGGUUGUCUUAUAUCGUACGACCCUCACUGUCUAUACAGCCUUACUGCGUCCCCGUCUACGUUACCCACUGCUCCUUAGGGUUCAACUGAAAAUAUCUUGCGAAUGUUGGAUAUCUGCUCCUUCGGACAGGAAAAUAAGCGACAAGAAGAUACUUUUAAACAUGUUUUUUGCGACGCACAAUUUGUGUCCGUCUGUGCGACUGGAUUCCUCUGAUUAAACUCCGCACAAAAUCUGUACACAUCCCUUCCCUCCCUUUCCACUUCCAGUCGUAUAAAUAGCAGGGAAAUAGAAGAAAGUUGGACCUUUGAGAAACCAAAUACAUUUAUUUGAUCUUUCCCACUCAUUUUCGAUGUCGUUCUAGGAGAACGAGUUGUUCACAAGUCUACCACUUAUUUGUACCAGACUGGUCCAGUUCAGGCAUUGGACGGUUUGCUCUCGGGAUGACCGUCUACAACCCCGUGCCUCGAGGCCUCUCUGCUAGAUAAGUUGGCGUCUGUGUCAGGCUCCCGUCACCAACCAGCCACUUUGCAGAGCUACCUGUCGGUGCGUCUUCAGUAGGCAUGGUUGCGUGGAUUAGUACCUGAGGACAAGUCCCGAUAUGCCAGGGGGCUCCGUUUUAUACUGACAUCGACCCAGUCUAUUCUUGGUCUAUUUUCGUUGGAGAGGCCUGCGUAAAGGGUAGUAUGAUGGUGAAGAUUCCAAAAGACGAGUUAUGAAAUUGAUCUUUCGCCGCAUCUGCGUCAUACGACGACUCUAAAUCGGUGAGGCACAUGUCAGGGAUCUUAGAUAGUAGGCGCGCUGUCAGUAUGGCGAACUGUUUGAUUAAACUGAGGUCAGCGAAUCAGGGCAUCUGUAACAACCAGCUUACUUUGGCGCAGUCCCUUCCAGUUAUAUCUACCAGAGCGAAGUCGAUGCGACUGAUGUCCCCCACUGUUAUUGGUGACUUUUAAAGGUGUACAACACUGUCCUACCAUUUUAGAAUUUAUAUUUCUUUUAAUUAAUUCGAUUUGAAGAUAAAUUGCGUCAUCCUGCGCGGCAAAUGAGAACCAAAUGUUUUCCGCAGUCUAGUUUUCUUUAGAUUGCAAAAGUAUGCUCUAAAAUUUGCAUAGUUUCUCCGUAUCGGGGUAUUUAGUGUCAGCAUCAUCGUCCUAUGCGCCUUAUCUACGCCUGACGGUACAUUUCGGAACGGUCUUGGCUCAUUCUAGUGCAUGUUUACCUGUGUUACAGGUAACGUUGUUGUUGUCCUAACAAAAAGGAACGCAAUCCUACUGGCUCGUAAUAGAAUAAUACUCAGCUAAUGCUCGGAAAACAUUGGUAGAAGAGGGUGGGGCAAAGAGAUUUGCGGAAGCAGUAGCGCAGUUGCUCAAAUAGACUACUAUGAUACCUUUGCAAACUUGUGUACCCUGCUUUCUGUUCUUUUAUCGUCUUUCUCAGCCAUAUAAACGAAAUCGAAUGCUCUAGCACGUUAUGAUCGUGGGUCUACUUUCUUUUUACAGACUACAUCAAAAUCGCGGACAACGUUCUCGGUGGUCUGAUUAUGCGAUAUAACACUCUUUAUGAAACCAAUAUUUCCCUCCUAAAGGAGAUGAACGAAAAAUCAGAACAGGUGAGUUGCGUUUCAGUACAGUCGGCAUGACAACCAAGGAGGUAUAUGAAAAUUAGCAACGACGAAUCUCGCAUAAACAGCCACUGAGACGUCACAGGAGACUCCAGGUCGGCCAAUAAGCGUUUUCCCCAAAACGAAAACUAGAUAGUUUACAGCAAGUACUAAGGAAAGGGUACAACAUAACUAGGAUAAGCUGUUACUCGUGGCAAUUAAUAUUCCAAAAUCAGACCGCUUCAUCACUGGGCGUAGGGCAAGCUUCUGUAGGAAAGGAUACGUUUUGAGAAUAUAAAAGAGCAUCCGGUUUCCGGCGGUCUGAAUAUUUGCAUAACGUUGGGCUUCCCGUGCGAUAAACACCUAGAAGAGUUCAAGCGUUUCUCAGGUCACGAGUCUCCGACUCACUAGUUCCAUCCUUGUGUCUAAUUAGCAUUUCCUACUGCUUACAGCUUGUCAACACUACCUUCCAAUAGGCUGUCUUCACGUUUAAAGACUCAAUGUUGAAUAAGUGCGCACAAAUUUCUAGUGCCUGAAUAAGAGUUGGCAAAAUUUUGCGUCGUUAUUCUCAAUUGUAUCCAAUUACUAUCCUUCAGAAUGACCAACAUUGAUUUGGGCACUUGAAAGAGUGAGAUUUUUAUUAAUUGAAACUAUCACGUGGUGCUUGCGUUCACCCAUCCAGCCUGAUUUUAGGACGGUGAAGGAAAUGUUAACUGUCCUGGCUGUAUAGGUGCCACGGAAACGACGUGGGUAUGAUGACCAACGUCUUGAGUUCGAGUUUCGAGUACCCACCUGGGAAUGUAAUAUGACAGACUAAUGAUCGCAAAUAGACCUGAAAUGAUCAUUCCAGUUUCCAUUUUUGGUAAGAUGUGGUUUGGUGGUCCCACCUGAUGGACACAAUACUGUUGGGGUUGGGGUUAAGGAUUAGAGGUUAGGGUUUAGGAUUAGGGAUUAUAAUCAGAGGUUUUGCAAACAACUAAUUGACCUUGUCGUCUAUGCGUUCCCCGGCUCCACCUGUAAAAACCCCUAUUGCCAACGGUCCCGUAUUAGAGGUGACUGGGUUUUGUUUACUUCAGGUGGGGCUACAUAACGACAUCUGACCCUUCUUUUUGCCGGUAUUCCUACAGUUGGAACAAUUAAGAAGGCAAGGGAAGUGAAAAAUUUACACAAACGGGAAAAAGUCGGGAGAAAAUUAGCAUUGAGCAUUAGCACAGAUGACAAAUGUGUCUUCGAUAACGCCGUUGAAAAAAGACCUACCGCAGAAACGUGGAGUCGGCGGAUGAAUUCCACCUAAUGCCACGUAAAUCUCGCUAAUUACGGCAAGUCUAUUCCCAUCGAUUUAGAAUUCAAGGAAAUUCCCUGAAUAAAAGCUGCCCUGUGAUUGUGCCCGGUAUACCUGUCCACCCUCUAUAAAUGGGAGCGAGCUAUAAAAAGUGGGCAUUGGUUCACCUGAAUACACUAUCGUUUUAGUGACCCUGAUGCCUUUCGUAGAGCAUAUUGUUUCUUCUUCGAGGCUGGGAGGUUGCAAAUCUCCCCCCUCUUUUUGUUAGUUGUAUUUUUUAUCCAGAGUAUCACUUAGUUAGUUUUCAACAUCGAAGGGAUGUGGACCUGCGAAAUGAUGGUCCGCGGCCAGUGUACAUUUUGAUAGCUAACACAGUUCUCAAGGAGUUUUCCACCAAAACGACCUUUUUAACGUCAUCAUUUGAUUAGGAAAUAAUAUUCAUGACCGAAUUCCCAUUUGUGUGCAAUCUGCCGACGCAGGUAUAUAAAAUAUUGGAAAAAAAGGAGAAAGUUGAAAUCGAGGCUUCACUCAUAAAUUUUAUCAAGACUUUUCGGGUAGUCAUUCUUAUGUUGUUCCAAAAUUACCAACGAAAAUAUUUUUUUCUCCCUGCCUGAUACGGUCACGGCAGACAUUCUCAAUGAAUUCGAGGUGGCUUGAAAAUGACUUGGCUCUUACAAUACACACAAUUUUUCACUGACGUCUUAAUAACCGACAUUCUUGCCAUGUAAUCUAUGUGGAUGGGGGGAUGGUACUGACAAGAACAAGGGACAUUACGAUGAUCGCUUCUGAGUCAGCAAGCCAGGUCGAGUGAUUGGUAUCUCGGGCCAGGGUUAGUUAAUUAUAGAGUAUUUUUAAGGCCAAAUGCCCUCCUACAGGGGCUGCGAGUCCACGACCCGUCGGCGGAGAUGGAAUAUUAGCUGGCUUUCAAACUCGUUGGAUUUGAUCUGGCAAUCAAGUACUGUGUUGCAAACUCUUUCAAUGGGAAACUGAGCGUCUCAAUACGCCUUUCGGCAGCUUCCCGCUCUUUUCCACUACUUGUUAAAAGCAGAAAAAGUCAUCCACGAUGUCGAGUUCUCCUCUCUUGGUAUAGCUCGAUAAAAAAUUUUAGGUGGCUUCUUGAACCCAAAGAAAGUUUUCUGCGAAAAUAUACUCAGAAGGGUAAAAGGAUAUUCUAAACCACACAACUACCAGUACUUUAGAUUGUAACAUUGUUGGAUGCUUAUGCCGUAGGUUUAAGAUGAGGUAGGCGAGGAAGUUUAAUUAACUUCGAAAUAAAUGUUGGUGAGUACAGACUGCAAUCCAGUUUUCUGCCGUGAGCUAUAUUUUGGCAAUAUGCCAGUUAACAGACUGGUUAUAAUUUAUUAAAAACCACAUUGUGUACCUACGUCAUAUGUACCCUGGUACAAGACAGUGAAAGCGGAAGGAUAACGCCUUAAGUAAUUCAUUCUGAAGUGAAAUAAUUCUGUUGCUUAUGCUUUAUUCACGUCAAAAAACAGCUUCUUUCUGGUGUCCAACUGAAGUAUAUCCUUUUAUAUUUCUGAUAUGAACUGGAAUUUCAAGAAAACCUUCCAUGGCUAUUCGGCGGUAUGCGAAACGAAGGCACGAGUGAAGCUUGUCUCAUUUGUGGGGCAGAGCGAGGCGAAGUGCCUGAUUAGCUGCCACGCCUAAUCGCACCUCAUGUUCACUUGAUUCAGUCGCGACCCUACAGAAGGAGAGGGCGGAAAUGGGGGUAGGGUGAGGGGGAUACGGAGUAAACUCCAAGCAAUGCGAAUAUGAACUAUCAUGAUUCCUCUGAAGUGGUGAAUUCGAAGGAUGUCAAGUGGCAUGAUGCUGGACAUAGAAAGCCUGGUUAAAUUGACGCCGUUUGAUAUCAGUGAUGAAGAAAUAGUACGUAGAAGGCAUAGAGGACUGGGAUUGUUAUCUAUGGCUUGUGUGCGAUCACCAACAGACCAUACAGAUCAUGAAGACCGAAGACUCGCAGCCGGAAUGCUUUUUAACUGCGCUAAGAGACCUGGAAUAUUUGCUCACAUCGUGUUAAUGACUAACAUGAAAAGUGGAAGUCAUAGUGGCCUAACUGGCCAUGACAGGCAAGCCAGAAGCAGCCGUGGCAACGGUGGGAUGAAGAACCCCAAUCAACUGUUGGUCUACUGUGAAACGUGCCAUACAUGAAUAAUGGCAAUGGGGAGUUUUAUGGGCGGGCUAGGACACCGGACAGUAAGCUGACGAAAUGCAGGAAAAUACAGAAGACUGCCGGUAGCAAAAACGGCACUUUUAAGUAAAAUAAUGAGUUUACGCAGACACGGUAUCCAGGCGGAUAUUCCAUGACCUCCCAUCUUGAAAUAAUGUCGGAACAUCGGACAACUGAGCCUAUCUCCUGGCAGUCAUUUCCGUUGUCCCUCAAUUCGUGCUCGAUUGACCCUGCAGUGGAUAUGAGCCAUAUUGAAAACGUUAAAACCAACAUAAGUAAAUGCAGAAACACGAUGUUUUAUGAACGGGUAUUUCACGGUCUUAAAAAAUCUCAUAAUUCGAAACUUUUUGGAAGCCGAAUUAUACCCUUCUUUCGAGUAUAACAUUUAAAAAGGAGGUAAUGUUCUACAAACGAGUAGAAGUAUGAAUAUUUUUAUGCAUGGUUACUAUGAAAUAUACUUGAAUUUAUAAAAGCAUCGAAAAUCAAUGAGAAAAAUGCAUGGUAAUCAAUAAUCAUUCUUUGCAGCGUGUGGAUUUUUGAAGUGGCCGGAAAAAAGCUCGUUCAAAAGACGGCAACCCGAAGUAACUGCAAUAUCUCGGGGGUAUGCUUAAGGUUGAUUAAUAUUAAAUCGCUACUCAAGUAAUUUUUCUGAGUCGAAAACGCAUUUCGGAAUUUCGGUUAACAUUUCAGGAGUUAGCACAUCUACUGCACUUGCGAAAUCUAGUCAAGUACUGAUGACUAGUAGCUGCAUUUAAUUACACAGGAGAAAAAAGCAGAACAAUCGAGCACGAAUUUAGGGAUAACAGAAAUGACUGCCAGGAGAGAGGUUCAGUUGUUGAUGGUCCGACAUUAUUUCAAGAUGGAAGGUCAUGUAAUAUCCGCCUGGAUACCGUGUCUACAUAAUUUCAUUAUUUUACUUAAAAGUGUCGUUUUUGCCUCCGGCAGUCUUCUAUAUUUUCCUGCACUUCGUCAGCUUACUGUCUGGGGUCCUACCCCGUCCACAAAACUCCCCAUUACCACCAUUCAUGUAUGGCACGAUUCACAGUGACCAACAGUUAAUUGGAGGUCCUUCACUCUACCGUUGCCGCAGCCGUUCCGGUCUGCCUUAUUGUCGUCCAUAAUAUGCAUUCAUUGUUGAGUUCUCAUCUCUGUGCACUCACCGGUGGCAACAAAUCUAAGGCAAAGUUUAACAGUCAAUUUCAGAUCAAUGUCAGGUAGAUAUCUGAUGCCCGUCUCAAGUGAAUUUGACCGCCAGCGCCUGUAACUCGAUGACCAAAGAGUCCAGGUUAACGCCUGUGGUCUUUAGGGUUCGGCUGACUGAUGACAGUAACCAGAACCUGAAAUUCAACACCUUCGCGACAAAUCUAAAUAUAUAAACGAGCCAGCACAACGCGUGGUUUGUUUAGAGAGAAACCAGCAUUCGUGGGCUGCGCUAGAAAUGGGAUCGAAUUAUCAGCACACAAGUGCGCCCACUCCCGCCCCUCAUUCAUGCGUCUGCCUCUUUAUAAUAGGAUGCGACAGUCAGCGCAUUUGGUUACGUAAGCCUCAAUCCUCUUUUAUGUCGACAUCGGCUAUUGUAUAGUAGCACUCUCAGCGGCAGAUAAGAAAUUUAGAACCAGUGCAUGCCGCUACCCCCAGUCAUAGCGGAUGCUUUUUAUCGAGGUGGGUUGCCCAGGUUAUCCUUUGAAUGACUGGUCAUUUGACCUUUUAUCUACGGGCAAAUGAUGCACAGUAUUUCCGUAAAUCUAGGUUUUAACUAAUUAUGCGUACUUUUAAAUUCGAAUUAGGCUGUAACUGAUAUACUCAUGAGAUGAGGCCAAAAUUGGUUUAUUGCAAACAGCUUUAUCGUACAUCUUAUUACCCUGCAUGGACAGGUACUUGCGCAGUUUAGUUCAAAACUGUGAAAUUCCGGGCUCGAAAACCAAACCGAUAAACGUAACAGCUCAGAAGGAAAAUGUCUAAGACCUGUUAGAGGGAUCAAUAAUAACGCCGAAACAGCUACUAGAGCCUUCCUUCAUUACGCCGUGAUGUGCGUGCCAGAAAAUCCCACAAAUCUUUCUUUCUUCAUAUUAGUAUAAUCCUCAUUUUGCCAGAAUGAAACCGGGCACAUUUAUGGUUUUUUCUACUUUCUCCAGGGACUAUGUGAUUGUUUCCAAGAGCACCACAAAGAAAACUGGAUGCUCACGGAUGGUUUAGAGGGCACAGUGUUAUUUAUGCCCCAGUGGGCUGAUUACUGACAGAGUAGAAUGGUUAUUCAAGUAGGUAGCUUGAAAGCAAACGAGUACGACUGCCGACUCAGGAUAUAAGAAUGAGGAAAUUCUGACAGGCUAGAUAUUUGCUGUUUAACUUUGAAAAACGCCGGCAUCUCCUUUCCAUGCACAACAGUCACGAUGUGGAGAAGUGGACAAAUAUUGCUUUGAUUAAGAAAACCCUUUUUCAGCUAUAUCUGUGCACGAACUAUGAAAAAUCUUGGGCAGUUAGCGCAAAUCAGACUAUCCCGGAAGAUUCACUUACCGCAAAAUUGGUGUGGUUUAAAUACUAAAUAAAGCUUACUGUCAUAUUGGAUUAACUAUGAAAUGUCACGGAGGACUCACCUUUUACCCCACCUGAUCUCAGAUCCGAGAGGCCCAUGCCAAAUUGGUUUCCCUGCGCGAGGAACAUGCAAGUCACAUUCUCACGCUGAAUUCGGAGCUUGCGGCCCUCUACACCAAACGCGAACGCAGAAAUGAAAGUUUUCAACGCCACGAACAGCGAUUUAACAACACCCACCGAGAACUGAGAGCUCAAGUGGGUAACUGUUCCCCAACUUCUGAAUCGUAUCCAUUGAGUAUAUCUUAAUGCAUAUUUACUAUAAAGUGUGUUUUGAAUAUUCGUCAGGAAUCAUUAAACAAAGUUGUAAUGAGCUGGGGAUGGAUUUACCAUGUUCUUCUUCGAUUUUCAUGCUAAAACGCGAAUAAAAUAAUGUCAAUGUCGAUGAGAUAAACGCAAAAUGUUGAUGCUUCUGAGUCUUUUAAUAAGUUGUAAACUUGGCAAGUACUGGUCCUCGAUUCACCACUUUCCAAAGUCCCAGCACACAGUUCGCCGAUGUGCGGCGGCAGUAUACAACUGCGGGGAGCUUUGGCUCAUAAGUGGGUCUCUUAGCAUUGCUCAUCUGGUUUCUCGCAUGAUUUCAUCUAACCCCAUAAGUCUUUGACAUGGAGGGGUCGCAAGUGAAUGUUACAUGACCGCCUUUUAUCUUUAUUGCCGCAAAGAUGGCAUGGCUUGUUCGGCCUCCUCUUACUAGAUCACGCUUUAUUUAGUGUGUGCAAAACCAAGAGCAGUUCCAAAACAAAAGAAACAAUUUUUACUACAAUCGGCAUUUGUUGCAGCUUUAUUACCACUUAGGUACUUUUAUAAGUUGCUUUUGUGUACGAACAAUAUGCCUAAUAUGUACUUGUUUUGCCCUGAAUGUUCUAACUUUUUGUCUACUUAUUUAUCUCGAGACACAUGGAUAGCGUAAAAGGUUAUGCUGGAGGGCAUCUGAAGAUUGUGCGCAAUUCAUUCAUGCCGUUUUAGUCAGUGUAAGUUUAUUGGGCAAGGGUAUGAUUUAUGGCCGGGUUUACUUUCUCCCGGGAGCAAUUGUGCCAAGAGGAAACGUCUGACGACAUUUAUUUGUACAUGCCAGAGAAAAAAAUAAAAAGAUAUCGAGGUAGCUGUUACAUGAGGGUGGUCAAGAUACUUUAGGUAGUCAUCAGAGUAGAAAUACGACAACACAAUACCUUUUUUACAAUGUCUGAAAGGGGCAUUAAAUUAAUCUACUAUUAUUGUUAAGUGGCAUAAUAAUGUUUACUUUUAAUUGGUGACAAUAUGGAGGAUCAAAAUUUGUGCUACCGCAAAUUCCUUAGAUGUUCAGCUCUUUUGCACAACACAAAAGCUCCCCGAAGUAAGUAACUCCGGCCAUAAACCAUACAUUUGCCGUUUAUUGUUGUGGGAGUUAAAAAUGAAUGGAAGGCACCAAUCGAUGAUACGAGUAACUGAGUAGUUUAUUACUUGAACUGAGCAUCCCCUAGAGCGUACAAUGAGACACAUGCAUGAGGUUUGCAUAGGUCCCGGUCAGCAACCAGUGUAUGCAUUCGCUUGCGUAUGACUAAACCUUCAUAUUCAAAAAUUUCGAAGUUUGCAGUAACUCCUAUCAAAUUUGUGUAAUUAUUUACCAUAUAAAGAACACAAGUAUUAGUUAAAAGCCCAGACACGCGUGUUUCGCCGAUCUUGUGCCGCUGACUGACGCAGCGCGAGGGGUUCGGCUAAUCAUUGGGUCACCCAGCUUUCCUCGUGUUUCCCCGUAUACGAACUCCAGUUUCAAUUUGCCUCGUUUAAUUUCCGAGGAAAUUAAUGCACAAACUAGGAGUAAAUCUUUCAUAACAGACCUUUUCAGGCACAGUCCUAUCAAAAUGCAUACCGCUGAGUGCAGGUUUGCGUCUGAGACCCUUGGCCGUAAUUUUCGAGAUGAGCAUUUUGGGAACAGUACAUUUAUGACGACAGGACACCUCUGCCGUGGAGACAGGAAGAGCGCAGGUUCUUUAGUGAAAUAUGUUCCCCCGUUUUCUCUGAGCCUUCACGCAGCAAAGAGUACGUGCAGGGAGGGCUCCUGGAAUGGUGGAAUGAAACCACCGGAUUAGAAGGCCCUUGGUUUCGAUCACAAAGAAAGUGCUUUCUGCUUGGAACUACAUUCUUAUUGACCCAAUGAUCUACCUACCAUUACGGGCAUUUACAUAAGUGUGUAGUACCCCUUGGUUUAUUGUAGCUCCACAAAAAAGCUGAUAGUCUACUCGUUUAAAACAGGAAGGCGUCAUAUUUGAAGGGUUAUAGACGGAGUACUUGGUUGCCAUAUUAUAAAAAAGCCCAGAGCCUUUUAAUUAGCUGUUUGCGCAACGAAUUUCUAGAGACCUACAAAGCGACUGAAGUGUGUAUGGAAACACAUGGAAUAUAGAUUCUAGCACAACAGAAUAUUGCUUGGCUGACGCCUUCUAGGAAAGUAUAAAUUAUGUAUGACGCAGGAGUCACUGGGAUCGAUCAAGUUGAGCAUCUGUUGUUUCGCGUGUCACGGCAUAAAAUACUGACAAAAUAUGGUAGAUGGUCGGCAAGUAAAGUUUGUGCAGGUGUGGAUGAUGAGCAUAAAGCAAAAACAUCCUGACUGAUAUACACUCAUAACGUGUAAAAUCCGGGCAAGUGAUGAAUUAGAAAUGGAAUGAUUUCCUCGAACGUGUCUUUCAAAGUAUAGAAUGUGUUUUUAAACUUACAAGGUACAGACAUGAACGAAACUAACUUAUCGGACUUCUCUGUCUACGUUUUCUUUCGGAUUCAGCGCGAUACGUGGACUAGAUGUGAACUGGAACGUAUGCUUAUUAUGCAGAAAGAUUCAGGGAGGGAACGAGGAAAUUCGAAGGACCUGGUUUCAGACUGUGGUAAAAUUCAACAGACGAACCUAUCAUCCCCCAAGGGCUGCGUCUCAAAUAAAAAUGAUAAUCACACGCUCUAGGCCACGCUGACGCGUGAUAAGCGAGUUAUCGUCUGUGUGAUGUAUGUGACCUUACAAGCUGUCGCGCAGGCAUGACGUAAUGCGAUUUUCCUGGAGAACGAUUUAGCCGACCAUCAGAGAAAACCCAACAAUUUAAUUAACUCGUUGUAAUUCAUUCAGCUAAAUUUAUUGCUCUGAAGUUAUCAAGACAAAUUUGGUAAGGUACUCGAAGGCCGCAUUAUAAACAUUUUCACAGAAAGAAACCGAAGUUUUAGAGGAAAGAGAUUUCUGUGCACAGUCCUAUUUUUGACAGAAGGCGUUUAAUAGUCGAUUUACCGGAUCCACUCGUUCCGCUGGGUGUCGGCAGUGGAUAUAGAGCCCCAUAGGCAGUUGCAGAACGACUGUUAAUACUGUUAAUACUGUAUAUAUAUAUAUAUAUAUAUAUAUAUAUAUUUAUAUAUAUUUGACAGAAAUUAAGAUGCGCGUCCUGGAGAUAAAUGAGAAGAAAAGGCGAUCCCGGAAAUCGUAGUUAUAUUGUUCUGACGUUUCAAAAGCAAACAAGCUCUCGUCGUCGGAGGUGGGUCUUGUACCGCGCCUCACAGUAUUCAUAGGUGGUGGCAAUCUUGUUACAACGGGUUUACCUCUCAUCAGGGGUCAGCAUUCGGACACUAGCCGUCGUCGCACGUAUUUGCAUUGAUCUGAUUUCGCGUCUUCGGCUGGCAGUGAUCUUUGCGACCCCGCGAUCGCCUGUGUUCUAACCUGCCGGAUAUGUGGAAGUGCCGAUAGCACUUUCGUCGGGUCCGUUUGCGUUACUGCGACCGUCCGUUUUCUCACCUGCCGGAAAAGUGGAUGAGGCGACUGAAGUGACAAUCGCACCCUCGUCAGUCCCUGGUUGUAGUUCAGCUACGUGUGCGUCCCCCAUGGAAGGGGCCGUAUUUGGGUUCCUGUCUUGCCGUAACCCGCGUUUCUUGUUCUGUUCACUGAGCUGCGUCCGGAGGGCCUGGUAGGAUUCAGGAAGCGCUACACAGCGUUUGACGGAGUUUGUGUCGGUGUGCCAGGCCUUGAUUGUUCCUCUGGUCAGGUGGUCAUUUCCUCGACCCAGGAUUUCAGCAUUCGGGAGGCGAAAGUGUGUCCAGCGUUUGCGCCGUGUUCUGCCACCAGAGACGACGAUUCCACUCUCCUUACUCCUCUCACGUACACGGGUCUGCAUUCGUUUGUCGGCCUCUCCAAUACGGUUCAUUUCGCAGGAGUUGCACUGGAUCUGAUAAAUGACAUUUGUUAUUUCACCGUGUGGCGGAGGGGUCUUAGGUCUCAUGACCGGAUAUCGAAUUGUUGACUCUGGCCGAUAGGCAAUGCCGAUUCCCAGUGGUCUUAGGAGAUGGGAUACCGCCUCAGAGACGCCGUCAAUGUAAGGAAGCGUUCGUCAGAUUUUUGGCCGUUCUGCCGCCGAACUUCGGUUUAGCCCAGGCUUAAUGCUACGUUCUAUGAAGUUGUGAGGAUAUCCGUUCGCCAUGAUGAGGCACUGAAGACAACACAGUCCCGACUUUUUGUCGUCCGGCUCGCUGCAGUGUGCUUAUACACUUCUGUAUAGUGUUCGUAAACAGCUGCGUUUGUGGGAUAACGGGUGCUUACUGUGGUAGGUCAGGAUUUGGUGCGUAUUGGAUUUCCCCUAUACACCGUUGUUUUUAGGUAGCCACUUUGUUUCCGGUGAACCAGUACUUCCAGAAACAGUAGUUGGCAGUUGCUUUCUGCCUCCCUUGUGAACUAGAUAUGGGGGAAAACAGAAUCCGAAACAUUUCGAAAUCCUUGAACCAGUUCUCGCUGGAUGAUGAAGAAGUUAUCAUCGACAUAUCGAGUCCAAGCAUUUGGCCUGUAGGUCUCGAAAACUGCGGUCUCUGCUUUUUGGAGAGCUGCUUCUGCGAUGAAGCCUGAAAGCGGUGAUCCCAUCGGCGUCCCUUUGAUCCGUUCGUACACUUUUUCUUCAAAGGUAAAGAACGUCUCCAGGCAGACUUUUAACAGCCGAAUAAGAUGCCUCCGUUUCACAUUUUCGCCUGCCUCGUCGUACUUGAUUUCGAACGAUUUGAUACUCGUAUCAACUGCUAGGCAUUGCGGGACCGAAGUAAAGAGAGAGGUCGCGUACAUAGAAGACACGCGAAAGGUUAAUGUUGUCCAACGACGUGCUGACUCAAGCGCUUCGCGUCCUAACACACCGCUGAUAGAAACGAAGAUGCGCGUCUCCGGACAUAAAUGAGAAGAAGAGGCGAUCUCGGAAACCAUAGUUAUAUUGUCCUGACGUUUCAAGAGCAAACAAGCCCUCAUCGUCGGUGGUGGGUGUUGUACCGCGCCUCGCAGUAUUCAUAGGUGGUGGCAAUCUUGUUACAACGGCUUUACCUCUCGUCGGGGGUCGGCGUUCGGACACUAACCGUCACCGCACGUGUUUGCAUUGAUCUUAGUUCGCGUCCUAGACUGGCAAUCUUCUUUACGACCGUAGCGGUAACGAACAGGGCCAACUGGAAGCGCUCCAAACCACUAUAAACUCAACAAUUCCGGGUGUUACAUUCACACUCGAAUAGGACGUCGACAGUAAACUCCCGUUUCUGGAUGUUUUCAUACAGCGAAAGACCGACGGAACACUACGCACGUCGGUUUUCCGAAAAGACACUAUGCGGAAAUUAUUCAAUCAUACGAGAGAAAUCAGCCAAUCUUUCAAAACGCAGUGCUGUCAAUAGUCUGCCUAAUAAUGCAAGGACACAUUGUUCUGACGAGGAAGGCUCUCGAGUUGAACCAAAUUUCUUGUGUGAAUUGUUUUCGCAGAGUGGAUAUCUCAGGGAUUUUGUACGCCGAUGCAUGAGGCAGGAGUCGAAGAGAAAGGGACCAUGUAAUCCAAACCAGACACCCAAACCAAAAACUCGGCGAACCCUUUCUUACAUAGAAAACGUGUCUGAACUCGUUGAAAGACACCUAAGGAAGCAUCUAAUUCAAGUUGCGCAUAGAUCAGCGACUACUUUGCGCAUUCAGCUCGUGCACCCUAGGGAUAGGGUUAACUAUGUAAACAAGAAAGAAGUCGUUUACACGGCCCCUGGUAAUGCACGUAAUGCCGUCUAUUGUGAACAGACUGGAAAAUCCGCCUCUACACGCAUUCACGAACAUCAGUUGGCAGUAAAGAGGCGAGACCACCUGUCUCAAGUAGCCAUGUGCACACUGGACACCGGGGACAACUUCGCUUUGGAGAAAACUCGCGUUGUUGUUGUUGCGUACCCCUUCAAGAAAUUCUAAGAGUUCCUGGAGGCCAUGCACUCAGAAGAGUCAUGCCGCCUACGGAGAUCCAUAGGAGAAAUGGAAGAGAUGAAAGCCAAUCAAAACGGACUGGCACACACGGCGGCCGCUUACUGGCACGACCGCCAAACGAUUAUAGAUUUUUUAAAGUGCAAUUAAGUUGUUAACUGUGUUGGCACAUUUGCGCUCCGUCUGCGUUUGACGACGACCCGGGGAACAUCGCUCACGUCCUGCCUCACGCUCUCCUCUCCCCCAGAACACAACACUUCGAUCUCGUAAUGUGGACAGCGUGGCAACGACGAGUGAUACUAAGCUGGCGCAAAUUAAAGUUCAGCUUUCGACCUCCGUCUAAAGGAGUGGGAAGUCCGUCUGCACCCUUUUUUCCAAAACGAGAUAACUUUAUUUCUUCAUUAUAUGAUUCUGCAUCUCUACGGCCGACGAACUCUUUGAAGACAUGUCCAACUGCUGUUUGAUUGCGGUGGGUUUUCCGCUGUUUGAAAAGACGAUAUACACUUGGUAAGAUGUUUAGUGAAGGUUGGUGUUGGGACGAAGUAUUAGAGUCCAAUGUCAAAUGUGAUUAAAAUCACGGCCCCCGGUGGGGCCUCGUAGCUCAAGCGGCUAGAGCGUUGGUGUAUUCAAACCUUUCCCUCGUCGGCGUGAAUUUGAAUCCCACGGACGUCGUGGAAGUUUUCGCAGUGGGUCAAAAUAAAAGGAGUCUAAUUUGUUCAAUUUCCGGUGAGUCCUUUGUGAAACGUGUAACCGAGCAUUGUCAUCUUCGAUUGGUCAGUGUAGAGUUUUUGUCGCCUAACUCCUGAUGUAGUUUGUCGAACUCAUUUAAAGCUGAUAAUGCUGUGUGCAGAUCACCACGCAGUCCCAUACCCCUUUUUAGUCUAACUUGAAGGGCGUUGUAGCCAUUUAUCGUCAACCCAGUCGUGGUAUUUAUCGUCGGCGGUUGUCGCGUUCUACUGCUUUUCGUCAAAAGUCAAAAUAGGAUAGUCAAAUUUAGCGUUUUUAUUGUGCAGGAGAAGUACAGAUUUUAUCCAAUUCCAACGAAUUCACUCGUUUUCAGUGAGUUUGCGGAGACCAUAUUUACCUGGCUUCCUUGUGGAAUGGUCGAAUGGUUGGUCUUUCGUUAUCACUCAAACGGCUUUGAGCGAGUCCACAUUAAUACGUUCGAUCAGUUAAUUUUCACCAACAGUAUAAGAACGUCGUCAAACCUUCCUGUUUUCGGGGUUCAGACUUUCACGGCGAAAGUUUUAGCAUUAGCAUUCACCCAUGGCCUGGUUAACCAUUAAGUUCCCGAAUGCAUAGUUAGGAUUUCUUACCUGUCCGUGCAAAACACUCCCAAAUGGGUAUUUUUAUAUUAUAUACAGUUUGAACUACGGGGAAAUGAAAAGUGAGAACUGUGCUGUCACUGUUAAUAAAUAGAACAACGGCAUAUAGUAUUGCGCAAAUGACGCCAAAUAUACAAACUGCAAAGACACUGCAUUGCUUUGCACUAAUUUAGGAGUAACAGAAUACACUUCCUCAUUCCGAUUUAGCUCAGCCUCUUUGGGACUGUAAUCCGCUCCAUUGACAAUCUGGUAGGAAAAUGUGCCUGGCCCUACACAGCAGCUCCCGGCGAUCUCACGCUCAGUUUGAAACUCAAUCGAAUUAUGGUAAGUACACAAUUAACAGACAUUGGUCGUCCCUUUACUGCCGUUCUUCAUCUAUUCACGAUAUGACUUUGUGCCUCUCAAAGUACAGCCUAUUCUGCCGAUUUGAGGAUCUGGUUGGAUUUAUUGCAAUGGUCCUGACAACACGUGUUGCAAUGUCUGGAAAACGUGUUGGUAGCUGAGAUCAAACGGUUUGUGCAGUGAAUCAGCCCAUAGGUCUAGUCUUUUUUUUAUAAAAAUCCCUCAUUACUUAUUAUAAAGUGCUCCAUGGACAAUAAAAACUGGAGUUGAGCACGAUAAUAUGGAUCUCGGUGUGAAAGAUAGCCUUGCCAUGAUUUCCAGGGAAGAUGGGUCAAAAGAUCUGAAAGCGUGUGCUGUGCCAGUAUCGGAAAAUCAUGACCCCUGCAGUCCGGCAUGCGCUGGCAGUUCCCUGACACCCGAUUCCCUGCCGAUAGAUGCGCUUGCGCCCCCGCUGGGUAUACAGUUGGUGGGCAUGGCUGCCCAGUCAUCCUAGUAUUUCUGAUCCCUGUUGGGGUGCUAUCGUUGUUGCUGGUCAAAACUCAGUCAUUUGCUUUGUGGAUCAGGGGGUGUGGAGUGGAACGCCAAGAUGCGGACUCGACCGUGCCAUCCACCUACGCCCUCCCCGUCUCUGGUCUUCUUGACUAUGUCUUGACGCCGGGUCCAGGUGCGGAAGGAGGAGAGAGUGCGGCAGGUGCUGCGCAAGUCACCGUGCCUGUCUCCCCUUGCUGUGUAGCACAAGAUGGACAUCGUCGGAAUCGAUGGUUGAACUGUUGGGUAGUGUUAAGGUUAGGACACGGUUGUCGGAACCCCAUGGGAUUUAGCGCGAGGCCACAUGUAUCAUUGGUGGGGCUUAGCCAAAGUCGAAGAAAACGUCUGUUUGCGCUGUGGGAGCACCAACAUUGCGCAGAUUGGGGGCUUAUGCCCCAAAUCAAACAACGGCUAUAUCAACAUUGGGAAGAAAUAAAUAUCAUAAAUAAAGAUCAUCAGCAUUAGCCACAUUUACUUAACAUUAGAAUUUCUCCGUCGAAAAAAUCCAGUACUUUGGGUAAUAAUGCGUACUGAUGCAUACGAUGCAUACUGGGGACUUUUGCCUUAUUCCGAGCGGCCGAUCUCUUAGGCGGUUGUUGUAGUUGUUGUCACCUGACUGAUGCCUAAUUACUGACCGGAAUCUCCGGUAGAGCUGUUUUUUACAUGGGCAUGUUCUAUAAAACUCUCCUGCUUCCGAGACAGCUGUUCGAUGGGUCUGAUUUGGAAUUAGAAAAUCAUGUUUUCGCUGGAUUUUUAAGUAUGGAGUGUGAGCCUCCAGGUCCACCAGACAGACUAAGUUAGAACCUCCGAAUUUCCCUAAAUGUGGCCUGUUACACAGGAUAUAGUGGCCGCGCCCUGCGUGUGGCACGCACAGACGGGCAGCUGAGUCUUGUCGGUCAGUUCUCCCACGUCCCGCCCUGCCCCGGUAACCGGCAGAGCGGGGUGGGUUUAUAGGAGGAAAGGGAGAUAGAUGAGACAGCAUUCGGCUUUACUAAAGACAAGUACUCGCGAGUAAGUCAUCGGUACUGAGUCCACCUCGUGAGGCAACGGUGGACGAGCUAUCAGAUUCCUGCAAAUCAGAAAUAAUACAUAUAUUUCUGCCAAAACUUUGAAAUUGCGUAUAACCCACAUGUUUUAAAGAUGAUGUCAUAUAAAAAUACACAAAAUUGGUAGCUUGUAGUUAAGAAGUACGUUUGUUUCAGAAUCGAGAGUGUGGAAAUGGAGUACCUUGUAAGUGAGUCAGUUAAGUUUAGCAAGGAGGAUUUGGUGUAAACGCAUAAUUAAUGAAAAAUACAAGCAGAUAAAGGGGGAAAUGUCUGGUAUAAAUAUUUACUACACAAGCCACGGAGCUCCAUAACAUUUUUGAUUAAACAUUGGAAGGGACCUGUCAUCCAUAUCCGAAGGGAAAUUGUACAUAUUGUUACUAGGCAAAGGCGACAAAGUUCAAAUUUAUUCCGGGAAAACAGUGCUUCAAUAUAUUGUUACGUCCAAAGGUGGUCCACAUCAUUCAUUUUAACAAAUCUCUGUAUUUAACCUAUAUUUUCAAUGCUAACAGUGGCCAACAAUAGUAAAAAAAAGUGAUUGUUAAUUCCACCCCCAGUUUCAUCGUUUCUAACUACUGACUCCCAGCUACCACCACGACGAAAUUAAAAAUAAUGUGCAUAGAACGCGUCCGCUGAAUGGGACUGAAGACAAAACAGCAGAGUUAAACGAAAGCCUUCUUACAAAAUCGUCUUCAACUGGUCCCUGUAGUCGGUGUUUCUGGCUACAAGUGUCCCAAAUGCCACGUUGAGGUUCAUGACAGUUCGACCGUCGUUGCCGAUGAGGUCAACCGUGUGCUCCACAGUAAGGUGAAGCAGGCACGGUGACUUGCGCGUGAGUUAGCUUGCAGUGACAGUAGACCUGCGCAGCAUCUACCGCACUCUCUCCUCCUCCCCCACAUGGACUAGGAGUCAAAACAUAGUCAAGAAGACCGGAGGCGGGUGGGGGCGCGGAUGGCUGGCACGGCCGGACCCGAAACUAGAUGUACCACCACACCUCCUGGCCCGCAACAAACACUUCACCAGGAUUUUAAGCAACAGAAAUGGGUCAGAAAGAGGAGGAUGACUGGACAACUGUGCCCACGACCUGUAUACCCAGUGGGAGCGCAAGUGCAUCUACCAACAGGUAACCAAGUACCAUAGAAAAGACAAGAAAACAACAGAAAUUUAGAUUAGUUUCGCAGGUGUGACGUAACGUCUGGCGCAGUCGUACUGCGGUGGAUUUCCGAGUUAAACCGGGCUUUACAGCUUCCGUCGAGCGAAAUAUCCUGAAGCUCGAUUUCACGCAGGGAUUGCAUAUUAACCGACCUACGCUGAUUGAAGAACGGAAAUGAGCAUAGUUCAGAUGAACAAGAUACCCGGAAGCUUCACACGUUUUGAUUUUGUCUACGAAAGGAUACCUCGUUUCACUGAUGAGCAGGCCAAGUCAUGCAUUGCCGAAAGCAUUGGAUCUCGGUUGAGACUCUCCGAGUGACUGGUAUUUGAAGCGAUGCUGUCUCCUAGAUGACAGGGACUUCGCCACGAGGUCAUAGUAUGAGCAGGUCCUGCAGAUUUUGGGAUCAAGUUAAUCUCAUAAUCCAUCUGCCUCAGCAAUCGGAGCCAGUUGUUUUUCAGGGGCAGCCUUUGGUGAAAUGCGUGAUAUUUCGAUGAAAAGGAAGUGCUGACUAACUUAAUGACUCAUCCGUAUGAGCCUCUUGCUUGUGCCUCCCCGACAUUAUUUUAAAGCCUUAGUAGUCAUUUCUUCUAGCACUACCACGAUGCGAGAAGAAGAGAAAAUCGACGAAUUUUUGUCUGAGAGCACAGAUACGUCAAUCAGACCGUAUCGCUUCAGAAAAACCCUCCAACGCCGUACCUACUAUUGGUAGGCCUCUUCUAUCUGUUUAAAGGAGUUAGCCUCUGCAGUUGACCCGGUUAAUCAUGAUCUCUUGCAGUCAGUCAUGCAACAUGGCAGCUUGCGACCGACGCUACGAAGAUCAACGUGGAUUUGUUACCAAGUAUCUCGUGUCAAACCCAGUGUGAACGACAAGAACCUUUCAGGUCCUGAAGAGCUGCCUCCUUUGGCCAAUUCUGUUUAACUCAGAGAUGAACGGAAGUAUUUCCUGCGAACGGGUUAAAUGCUCUAGCAUUACUUAGGGUCGUGAGUGCAGAUGAUGACCAUGCUGUUAAGGCUGCGGUCCAGACGAGCACCUUUUCGUGCAAGCAGCGUGUUCUGCCUCAGAUACGUACGAAGACACCGCAGUCGACCUAAAUAUAACCCCAUUCGAACUGAAAGCGGACGCCUGCGGUUCAACCCUUAAAGUUGGCUGUCUAUUUACGAUAUAUGGUGAAGGUCUUGAGCUUAUGGGUAAAAGUAAAUGACUACAAUCGAAGGUGCUACAAAGGAGAAAGGUAGGGGUGAAUCUGCCUUUAUACCAAUCAAAUGACUUAAGAUUUGUCCGACCCAAUCAAAACACAUUGCAAGAAUACACUGCCAAAAUGCCUGCCUUCUCUGAGUACAGUCCUUCCGUAAGAGAUUGGCAGAUGACCAACGAGUUCACAUGAGUUCAAUCGCUUGGGAGUAUACGAGUGAUGUUGUAGGUGCUGCACCAUCCUCCUAAAUCAUCUCGGUGAUCACGACCGUAACAAACAGCUAUGCGGUUUUUGAGCGAAAAAACGCUAAAUGCACCCUCUUAGAUCCGUAGUUGAGCUAACUCAGUCAUGUGCUGUGCUAAUAUAAAGGUGAAGUCACGUGGCUGGCGAUGGCGUCAAGGUGGCUAAUUGAAGACGUGGGGGGCAUGUGGGCUGACGUCAAGUGCACACUUCUGCCGGUAGUCUUCCUCCUGAGUGCCUGGAAUUCUAACUGUCUCAACUUCGCUUGACAAUCUGCAGCCAGCUGAAGGCAAUGGCGAACGGUGUUCUGCGAGGUGCCGAGCUUUCAGUAUUCAGUCGCUUCCGUCAGUUACAAAGAAUGCCCUAGUCGGUUGCUCAUUCAGCAACGCUCACGUGCUCGUGCCGUGUCGCCUUAGAUCACAUGAGGGUGGCGAGCACAGAUCUACCCUACCUGCAGGGCGGAAAUAAGCACUUCCGCUUUGCCUUGGAACAAAAGAUUAACAUCGCACGCAGACAAUCACAUGGCGCCGUACACUUAAUAAGUGAGGAGUUUUGCCUUAACCGACAGGGGCAGGUAGGCUUGAAUGGCCAUUGCUGACUUAUUUGCCGUCAUCAGCUAUAGACGUCUUACUUGCCUCCAUCACCAGUCGCUGAAGGCUGAAUAUUGUUCUGGUCUGUUUCACUGUUACCGUACAAUUAAAUACUGGCUUGCAUUAAUAUUCAAAAGUACGUACUCUCUGUAGAAAACUUCCCAGAAACGAGGUGAAUGUAGUGGACUGACGAAGUCAGUGGCAGACGAAGAAGUGUAGAGUUUCAACCGGUUUCUGGAAACCCAACAAGGUCGGCCUUUCCACUAAAUUUUCUGUUUAAACGACAGUAGUUCAAAAGUUGGUAGACUGUCGUUGUAGACGCUGAUUUAGUAGAUAGUCUUUUUAAGCCACAAUACACAAAACCUACUCACCGAGUCUUCCGUAACUUUUGAAUAUCUGGCUCCGUUAUCCACUGAUACGUUCUUUGAUCUGAAAAAUCGACCAAUAAGGACGCUUUCGCCGGUCAGCACUAAUUACUAGUCGCCUCUCGCUGGAUGCAGAAGAAAAAAUCAAAUCAGUGACGUAGUAGCGGUAUUCAAAUUAUGUGAAACUAUUAGGGGACCGAUGAAGUAAAUGGAAAAUGAGAUAUAAGCGUAUACAGGAGCAAAAAAACAGCAUAAAAAGCGUCGCUCUGAGAAAACAUGCCACUGUACCUUGGCGUACUCUCAUUAUAAAUUGAAAUCAAUCAAAGCUCCUGGCACACAUCAACCUCAUAUAGAGAGCUGAUAUAUGUAGAGCUGGCGUUACGUACACCCAUCGGCUUUUUUACAUUUGGAAUCAUCUUCACUUUCCUGAUCUGCUGACGUCUCUGUGUGAUCUGCCAUACGUUGUUCAAAUUAUCCGUCCUCACAGCUUCUAUGUUCACGAUACCAUGGUGGAUUAUGGAAAGUUUCAUUAUCCAGAGCUUAUUUGAGCCGCGUCCGUAGUACCGACACUUAUUCUUAAUGGGGCGAAAAAUGGUCCAGCUCAUCAGCAGCAUAAAUGUCAACUGCAAAAACCUUCUUCAGACUGGUUGCUUUUAAAUCUUCAUCAUUGGACUUAUGAGCAUCGCCAUUUUCGCCGAGCCGUAGCUCGAAAAAGCUGAUCUGCUGCAUUGGAGUCCCCAUGAACUGUUAUUAUGGACAAAUUUGCUGCCUUGACUUUUAACAUUCAUUCACUGACACUUUGAAAGAACCACAAACUGCGAAUGUUCUCAAAGUCUGGAUCUCUACCUUCUCUUCUCUGUCCUUCAGACGUCCUCUGGCACCUGUAGAGCAGUGUCGGCUCCCCACGCAGUUUACCUUAACAUUGUAUAACAUCUGGGAUUAUAGAUUUUGGCGGGCUUGCCAUCUUGAUUUCCUUAUUUAUCCAACAAGGCUAUCUUUCCAGCUAGGGAUACCUCUUUGCGCCUUUGUAUUCUGUGGAUGAAUGAAAUGAAUUGCGGUCAAGCCGAUCAGUUUCAUCUUGCCGCAAUCAGCAAAAAAAUUAGCGAUAGAUGCUAAAGAUACUUGUCCCCUUGUCCCCUUGUUCUACCUCCUCUCAAAUGCACUUGGCUGCCAGGCUCUCAAUAGGUGAUUCGUCACCAGCGCCAACGGCACCUCGCCGGAGCGACUACUUGGCUCAGAAGAGUCUCACGCUGACUGCGGAUCUAUGCUGCACACUUAACUGGAUUCCCGACCGACCGAAUGACUCCUCGUUGGUCCAAAAAACCGACUCGACGUAAUUCGGAGAAAUUAUGGUCUUUUGUAGUAAUGCAUAUGGCGUGUCUAUGCUUUACAGAAACUGGCCCUGAUAAUAUAGUGCGUGAUCUAACUCAUGAAAUGUGUCGAAAUUUACGAAUGAUUGCCAAUCCCUCACAAAUCGACAACAUUUCAUAAAUCCGAUGUCUAUGUUAAUUAAGUGAAAGUUUGAAAGAAUUAAAAUCAGAAAGAAAUAUUAAAGGCAGCGUUGCGUUGUUUAGAAAUGUCGAUUUUUUUAGAAAAGCACAAUAUCCCGAACACUUCAGAAAUGGUUGUAAUUUAGCAAACUUCGUUUUUACAUGCAUAGAAUGUGUUCUCAUGAGGAAAACGUAAUAAAUCUGAAAUUGUGCAUAAAAUAACGCUUAAUAAUAGCGUUUCAGUGAAGUUUACAUCUAAAUAUCGUUGAAGAAUUAGUGUUAUUUCAUGUAUGACGGUUUUUAAACAGCCUACAUUCUGAGUACAGAUUUCAAAACAGUUUUCCAGGGAUUCGUGGUAUUCCUGACCCCUAUGAGUUGAAUGAGAUGGGGUUCAAGAAGAGAAACGGGAUUUUGCUUGAGUUUACGGAUGGGGACCUCGUAGGAACAAAAGUUUUCAUAAGGCGACAUGCUGCCAGGUCGAUCGGCGCCUAAUAAUUUAAAUAUAACUGGCAGGCGUGAUCGUAAACAUACCAUUUUGCGUUUGUGGAGAGAACGUUUCUUCCGUUAAAUUAAUUUACACUUUUCAUUCAUUUUGGAUUGUGUUGAAUUUCAAAUCAGCCUUGAAAUAUUGCUGAACAUUUCAUGAUUUUCAGUGUUUUCACCUGAUCCCCCAUAAAUGCAGAUUCUGAAUUACCUGUCCGUUGAAACUUUAGAAAUAAGAUAAUUCUUGAAGGCAUUUAGCGAAUUAGUGACUGUUUGGACGCUCCUAUUCACGAAGGUCGUUCGGGUCAAAUGUAAAGACUCAUUCAAACAUCAAAAUACAUUUUCGAAAAAGUGGCUGUCCACAACGGAAGUCAGCAAUAAGUAUGCCUUUGAUCAAUAAGAAAACUUUCCCUAAUAAGUUACCUCUUUAAGAAGCGCCUUAAUACUGCACUCCGUUGACGGAUCUCUGUGUACUGUGCAUUUUUGCACAGUGAGAUCACGAAAAGAUCUGACACUUUUGUCCGUUUCUUUCACGUUCCGAAAAAAACAACUUUUUCAAACGUAAACGUAAGAAUAUACCUUUUGCUGCAUAUUGCAAUCAUCUGCACUGUUUUUGCUCGCUCCUAAACCCUGUUCUUUGAGUAUGAAUGCACGACAGAGCAUCCAUAUUCAUACUGAUAUUUUGCUGAAACUAUUGAUGUUUUGCUCGUUCCAUUUCUGGAUUAGGUACUUGUAGAAACUAGACUACACGACAAGUAAUGUUUCAUAUGUCUGAAACGGGAAAUGACCAUUCGGUGGUGUUCAUUUAUCUGACAUCAAGUAUAAAUUUUCAAACGGUAAAGCAAUUUCAAUCCAUUUAAACGAAGAGAUCUCUGUCUGCAUUAUUACCGCGCUUUAGGGCACCAAAUCGACAGAUCAGCUAAUAUGACUUUCAGGAAUUGAUAAAACGUCUGGUUGUCUUAAAAUAACGGUCGGAUAUGGUCAGUAGCCCCACUUGAAGUAAAAAACCCCAGUCACCUCUAAUACGGGACCAGUGGUAAUAGGGGUUUUACGGGUGGAGCCGGAGGACGCACAGACGACGAGGUCAAAUAGUUGUAUGGAAAACAAAAGCUAUUGGGAAUGUGCGGUUGUACUUUUAAUGGUUGAUAAAUAGUUGCGCUAACUAUUAACCCUAACCCUUGUCCCUGACUAUAACUCCUGAUCCUAAACCCGAACCCCUAACCUUUAACCCUAACCACGAACCAUAACCCUAACCCUUAACCCCAAACCCGACAGUAUUGUGUACACCAGAUGGGGCUACCAAACCACCUCUUACCCCAAUAACCCUUGUGUUAGCAAUAAGAUUACCACGAUUGGCAUCAGACAUAAAAUGAAUUUUCAAGUCCGGCUAAAUCUGCUUAUUAAAACUCUCGCGGGCCAAUUACUCUUCUUUCAACGAAAAACCCUCUCAGAUGCUCAACUAAAGUCUAGGACAGGUGUUAGCAUAGGAAGUCGCACGACUGUUUUGCAACAUCCAUUCUCGCCAAAAAUUUAUUAAUAUUUUGUUUGAUAUAAUUGCCUAAACACAAUUUCUGCACAAGAAAAGGACAUUUCAUUGGGGAAAGUUAGUGAGCAAGUAAAAUGUGCAACGUCAAAGGCGUCCAGAAAUUCUCGCAUCAGUUUCCGUUAUCAGGUUUCAUGAGAUAGGUCACGUACUGUAGGUUAGCCCGGCCAACCGGAGUUUACGGUAUUUAAACCACAGAUGUUCCCAGGGUGCGUCGUCUCAUUUACUCUACAUGCAACAGCACAGACUCCAACGCUCACACCCAGACCUCGCUAAAAUCCGCUUUGGUUUGUUCAACCUCUGCCGUGCACUCCUGCAGUCCUGAGGCCUAAUUUGCAUGUGGGUCGUCUACUUCAGUUGAAGCAAGACAUACACACACGGCGACGCUUCCGCUCCUGCCUAAGUCCAGUUUUCUUGGAUCACUGACCUCUUUUGCCAUGAAUAAAUUAGGCACAUACGGAGCGCGAAUCCCCUCAUUGAUAUAAAGAGGUUUUGAGAGCUCUUUUUGUUCUCAACCAGUCCCCCCUCUCCCUCUGUUGAGGGCUGAGGUAAACCUUGACAGUUGGCACUUUGUUCGGCAACAAAACUUCCGACGAAAUGUUACUUUAUGUAAAAGGCGAUCACAAAUCACACAGAAUGAGAAUCAUUGGAGAUUUUAAAUUUCAUGUGAAAAGAGAUGAGGAGCCCUGUAUAAUGGCUACUUCGCAGUAUGUCUGCAAUUAUUAAAGAGCCAUAGGAAUUUAAUUGAUUACUAAGAUUGGCCGAUCUUACCUACUUUAUUUCAACCUAUACACACUCCAGAGAAAUGCCUUGAUGGGAUUCGAAUGAAAUAUUUCCCCUAAAUUGAAAUUCGGGCCUCAUAAUCCUUGAGCUCAAUUAUUAUCUGACAUGCACACAUGUCCUCCCAGUAGUGCGCUCCCCCCUAACUUUUACUUGCUUUGCCACCUAAGGAGGCCCAAUAGCUUCGACCGGUUGUGAAGACAAGGGGGCGUGAUUUUCCCUUAGAAAGUUAGGCGAUGGUUUAUGCAGGCAAAUUAGUCUGGGUUUCAUAAGUUAAAUCUGCUGCGCUCACUAGCGUGUUGGCCAAAAGUGUCCCACCGCUUGUAUCCUUUCGCGAAGGUCUCAGCAGGGGCCCUAUAGUUUCCACUGAUUGCUUGAUGUUUCAUCGUUUUUAUUAUUUUUGGACUAAAGGUGAACAUGUUCCCUAUCCAAUAUAGUUUAAGAAGAUCAACGAACAGUCCACUGGCUAUUCAUUUAUUCUGCAGAUUUUCGAACAGAAGCAACAAGGGCCAGUACAGUUAUGAGGCUCGUAGGUCAAUUUCGCGCCGGUCAUUUUACAAAGGGAAGCUGGUACAGCCUAUCCAUCAUUUGUUCGCGAGUGUAAUGCUUGAGUGUUAAUUUCACUCCCGCAAGUUUAACACGCGUACUAAUCCCUAUGCACGCACAGACCAGGCUUCAAAAGGAUGUUUUCAAGUCUUUCAUUGAGGGAAGUCAGAAGUAGCCACUUCAGCCUGAUGUUCCUUCAUGAGGAAGACCGAGCUAUCGCACCGGUUGGUAGCUUUCCAAGACAAAAACUUGAGCGCGUCAAAUUAAUUAGCCGUGAGCCCGAAAUCGUGCACCCACGUCCCUCACUAGUCGGGCGACAGUCUCGGACAGAUCACCGGCGGAUGCAGGAGGGAAAAGAGGAUGAAACCAGUCGUGAGGUAUCCUUCUUCUCAACAAUUCAUUACUUCUUUACUAGAACACCACUGACAGGGCUUGGAAUGUUGCCGGCCAGAAAUAGCCAUCUCAGUCUCCCUUACUUGUGGAGGUACCCCUCCCUACACAUAUACUGCUAGUUGCUAUGCGACCGCCUGUGAGGGCUCGAAAUUGAGCCGUAUGCACAACGGGCGAGUGUGUGCCGUAACCUGACCGGUAAACACUCUCCAACCAUACACAAUAAGCCAGAAAUGGCUAUUACAGUCUCUCUUGUCGGCAGGGAGGGAGGUGCGGGGAGGGUGUCCUAGACCGUCUUAUCGCCAGAUGAAGGGGUGGUGUACCAGCUUUAGUGGUCGCCAUCCGCAUGCACACAGAAGUGCGGCGAACGGGGGGGGUGAGGGAAUGUACUCAAUCUAUAAACGUGUACAUAUGUAUUCUGUUUAUAGUACGUGCCGCUCUGCGGCGGCUGGUUGGGCUCGAGAGAAAGCCCAAAGUACAAGCAUGUACAGUACGAACAAGUUCCGUAACACGAUCAGUUAGCGCCUUUCUGCAAUUGUACAUACCCAAUCGCAACCGACAGGGCAACGAGCCCGUGGCUAAGUGGUCACUGGCCUUGGACUUCUAACCAAUAAGUCGCGGGAUCGAGCCUCAGAUGUUCCAACACUUCGGGGUUGGGUAUAAACGACUGACGAAGGCUAAUAAGCCAGAAAUGACGAUUCCAGUCUCCCUUGUCUUGGUCGGCACUACUAUUCUGCCACAUCAUCAUAAUUAACAUUCCUGAUCACAAACAACAGGACGACGAACCCCUGACUCAUUGAUAGAGCGUUCGACUCAAUGACCAAAGAUCCCGGUUUCGAAUUCCAGGUAGUUCACACUUUGGAUUGGGGAUGACAGGCCGGUGACGGCUAAUAAGCCAGAAAGUAUAUGGCGGUCUCUCUUGCCUUUGUCCGUAUUCCAUCAUAUGCACAUGUUUCUAGUCGCUAUGCGACUGCCUGCGAGGGUUCGAGCUUGAGUCCGAGACACAACAGGACGAGCAUGUCCCGUAAAUUGCUCAGUGAGCGUCACAUCAUAACAUAUAUGUUUUAUAUAUGUAUAUAUUAGCCGGACGUUUCGGAUUCUCACUGGAAUCCAGCAUCAGGGACAGAUUCAGAUAAGGGUGGUAAGUUGCCCAGGUGUUGCAGUAUUCAUAGGAUGUAGUUGCCAGGCCGCUACAUGUCUAUCGCCGUUGGCAGCUCCCGAGUGCAUCAUGGCUCGACUGGCCAGGUGUUGAAACAUGCAGAUGUCGUGCAGUUGCUAUGCCCUUGUGUACCGGUCAAGAUUAUCGAUUCCCAUGCCCAUCGAAUGUAGUCGAGGUGCUGACAGCCGGAUUUCGUCAUACGUGUGGGCUCUUGGGCAAUUCGGCUCGCCGAUAUUGACACCGGGAACAGUGAUCAUCUGCACGCUGUCCUCGUGGCUAACUACUUUGCCUAGACAAAAUCUCAGCGCCGAAUAUGGAGCGGGGAGUUGAUUGCGCUUGUUGAUUAACUGAGGACAGGAAAAUCAUGAUUCGAGCAGUUCGCGGCUCACGCGGUUGUCAUCUUUAGCAAGAAUUUCUGUUUCGUCAAACUUGAAUAUGUAGUUAAGUCCCGCGACUUGGGAGCUGGCAUCAUUCCUCCUCACCUCUGCUGCGUGCUCGGCCAUCCGCGUCCGCAGUUGUAUUCCGGUUUCGCCGACAUAGUUUCUUUGCCCACAGCUGCACCAGACACGGUGUAACAACUCCAGAUGUUCCUUGUCGUGGCAAUGGGUCUUUCGGCCUCAUAAUCUGGCGUCUUAUAGAUGCCUCCGGUCAGUGUGCUACUCCAAUUCCAAAGGAUGUGAGAAGGCGGCUGACAGAUUCUGAGACAUUUUUCACGUACGUGAGAACUCGCCAAAAUUUGGGGCUGGUUAGAUUUCGUCUCUCAUCUCGUUUGCGCAGACACUGGUUGACGAAGUUACACGGGUAGCCAUUGGUUUUCAAUACCCGACGAAGGUAUUGUAACUCAGCAACCUUGUCUUCCGGUUCACUACAGUGUGUCUCCGCACGCUGGUAUAGUUUCCUUACGCAACUGCGUUUGUAACUGAUUUGGUGGUUGCUGUUGUAGCUCAGUACUUGCGUCGUGUUUGCUGCCUUCCUGAAUACUUUGGUUUUUAGACCACCACAAUCUUUGCGGCAGACGAGGACAUCAAGAAGAGCCAGCUGGUCGUUUCCCCCUUCCUCUAUCGUGAAUUGGAUGUCCGGAAAGAUGGCGUCGAGAUGUUCUUUGAAUCCCACCACCCGAUCUCGUUCGAUGACAACGAAGGUGUCAUCCACAUACUGAGCCCAGAAUUUCGGUCUCUGGUGUCGGAAAAUCAGCGACUCAAACCGUUGUAG